AUGUCUAUAUCUGUCGAACACAGCAAAUCUCAGGAUACCUCCAGGAGAAGUACGAUUGCCAAUCUAGACGCCGAGAAGAAGCUCGUCCGAAAGAUUGAUCUCUAUUUGAUGCCUUCAGUCUUUAUUCUUGAUCUUUUCUCCUACAUGGAUAGAUCGAACAUUGGCCUUGCAAAAAUCGCUGGAAUGGAAGAGGACUUGCACCUCACGUCACAUCAAUACUAUACAGCCGUGAUAUUAUGGAUCAUUGGCUAUACUAUCUCCGCGUUUUCCUUCUUCCUUCCAAUAAUUACAUUUGCAUGGGGAUCGGUCGCAGCCUUGAUAGGAGCUGUCCGUAACAAGGGCCAACCAAUAGCCCUAAUAUUCCUUCUUGGGUUCUUUGAAGGGUUUAGUCCAGCCGUGAUCUUCUUAAUUUCUACCUGGUAUCGAAAGAACGAGCAAUCAAAACGGUUCCUCAUUUUCCUGACCGCAGGUAUACUGUCCGGAGCCUUUGGCGGCAGAUGGCUCUUCAUGGUCGAAGGAGUCACAACUGCCGGAGUGAGCCUGGUCGUCCACUGGACUCUACUCGACUACCCACACAGCAGUCGGGGGCUAUCCCCCGAAGAACGAAAGCUAGUCCAUCAGAGACUCCUCCAGGAUGGAAUCGCCGAUCAAGACGACCCAAAAACUCCAAACGCCUCUAUCUUUGUACUCUUGCUCAAAGCAUUUUCAAACUGGCGAACCUGGGUACUGGUUCCAGGGUACAUGACCCUUGUGGGAGCCGGAGCAAUCUCAUACUUCUAUCUAACCUUGGUCAAUGACAUGGGAUACACAUCCACUACGGCACAGUACAUGACAGCUCCACUCUAUAUUGUCUCUCUGGCUGCCGCUAUCCCGAUUUGCUGGUUUGCUGACCGCAAACCCCACACUAAGGGACAGAUAUUAGCGGGCAAUAUGAUAGCCGGCAUGGUGUUUUUCGCUCUUACGGCGGGUAUUCGAAACUAUACUGCACGAUAUGUGUUUCUGUGCUUCAUUAACAUGACACUCUGGACGGGAAACGCACUGGCUCUUUCAUUUGCUACCACGGCUUUGGCUUCGGUUACUCGUCAUGUUCGUGCGAUCAUGCUCGCGUGGAUGACUAGCGUUGCUGCUUUGGCGCAGUUAUAUGGGGCUACCCUAUUUCCGAUGGAAGACUCGCCUAGGUAUGUCGUUGGGUUUUCAAUUUUUGGUACUACUUUUGCUAUCGGGGCUAUUUGUUAUGGUCUGGCGGAUAUUUUGUUCAAGCUUUAUCCAUGA